AUGGGACUGUCUAUGUCAAAAAUUUUUGCCAAGCUUUUUGGAAGUCGAGAAAUCCGGAUUCUCAUGCUCGGUUUAGAUGCCGCUGGAAAAACAACGAUUCUUUACAAACUGAAAUUAAACCAAGGAAUUUCCACUGUUCCCACUGUAGGAUUUAAUGUGGAAACUCUUACCUAUAAAAAUAUUCGCUUUAAUGUAUGGGAUGUUGGUGGACAAGAAAAAAUUAGACCUUUAUGGCGCCAUUACUUCACAGGAACUCAGGGGCUGAUUUUUGUUAUUGAUUCGGCAGACAAAGCACGCAUAGACGAAGCACGACAAGAACUUCAUAGAAUUAUAAAUGAUCGAGAGAUGAAAGAGGCCCUUCUUUUGGUUUUUGCUAAUAAACAAGAUCUUCCUGAUGCCAUGCACCCCAAGGAAGUCACCCAAAGACUUCAACUAGAUACACUUAAGGGAAGAACUUGGUGUGUAGUUGCCUCUACUGCAAAGACUGGUGAGGGCCUUGUUGAAGGUCUUGGUUGGCUAUCUACCAACAUCCCUGACGAAAAGAAAUAA